AUGACACGGCUUCAUGAAGCUGCGAGUGUCGUCUUGCAAGAGGAAGCAGCUUUCGGUCGAUACGCACGAGAUAUUCACGGUCGCGUGGUGCCUCAAGAUGAAGCGCAGCGUCGGUUUAAUAUGAUGGAGCUGUCGGGGAACGUUUACAACGUCCCGGCUACUCUAAAGUCGAGUUACGCAGCUGAAGACGCUGAAGGGAACGAGCUACGACUCGGAGAUCCCACACAUUCAGAUGUUCCAGGUAAACUCCACGCCAAGAAACGCUCAGGAAUGCUGGGACCCAUUUCUAAACCCGAAUGGCGAUCAUUUGAGCGUCCUCCUCCGCCAAGAAGAAGAGCUCGAGGUGCUCAAUUGGAGGAAGCCUUGGCAGCUGAUAGAAAGGCAACUGCACAGCUUGGUGUGCUUCUAGACUUGUUGAGAGAGGAGACGGAGCGCAAAGCGAUGGACGUGGCGUAUUUCGAGAGCUGUGCCGAGCUGCAGGGCUUCGGCGAAGAGCUGAGAGCUUUUACUACUCAAGCUCAGCGCGAACUGGUGAUACUGUGGAAACAACUUCAGGAGAAGAGCUACGUAUACGAGAGCAAAACUGCUAUCAUUCAGAAGAAGGAGGAGCUGCUAAAUACUUUCAAAGUGCAGCACAAAGCUGUCAAAGACGCGACGCACGCUAAGCGAAUCGAAUCGAGCGCGACGAAAGUUGCGAGUCUGAACCAAGAACAGCAGCGACGUGAAGAUCAAGAGCAAGCUGCUCUUCGAGCUGCUGCCGCUGCUGAGCGCGAUAACCACGAGCAAGCUACUCCGUUCGUACAGCACUUUUGCGCAACUCAGAUCCAGAAAAUCGUUCGUGGGAUGUUGGCUCGAGAGCUUUUCGCGCAGAUGAAGAUCGAAUUCGUCGUUGCGAGUACAUUUAUCCAGGCAGCUAUACGAGGCUUUCUCGUUCGACGGCGCGUUGCCGAGAUGUACUGGCACAACGCAGCAUCGGUACACAUACAACGAGUUGCCAGAGGGUUCGUCGCUCGAAAUGUAGCGAGAGAGAAGCGAAGACGGCGACUUGAGGUGCAAUCAGCGGAGCGUAUUCAAAAAGUGGCGCGUGGUCGAUGCGGGCGAGUAAGAAUGGUGAAGAUCAGAGAAUUGGUGAGCUGGAGGCUGCAGCUGGCGCUUGCGGCUCGAUCCAUCAACGCUGUGGCUUUGCACGAGCUGGCGAAUGCUUGUCAGGCCAUGGUUGCACUGCCCAUUCUCAUGAGAUCGGAAGUAAGCAAGGUAGCGGAAGAGAAGCCUCUUCCUGCUCUUGUACUUGGGAUUGUUCGCUUGUUGAUGAUCUUCACGAGUGACGCUGAUGAUGAAUGGGAGAUCGCUACUACUCGGUGGCGUGAAGCGGCUCGUUUCCUACGCUGUGGCGUUGGAGUCACGCGUCGAAUGCAGAAAGUCGCAGAUGCUGCUGCUGGAGCUGCCAGAGCUUGGAUGUCACCGUCCGGAGGGUUUUCUGCUGCUGGGGUUGCUGCGUCGACGCCCUAUUUACGAGAGUCGGCGCUUGGUGCAGCGCUGUUAGAGGCGUAUGAAAGGGAUCUAGACUUUCGAGUUGAGACGUUUGACAGGAUACCUCGAGGCUGGCAAGCUGCAGUUUCCAUUUUCAAGUGGACGACAGCAUUCUGCGCUAUCAUUCGACUUCAGCAUCUUGUAGAGUGCAGCACAACUGACGCGUUCUUAGUGGUCACUCGAACAUUGAGUAAGCGAGAAACUCAGCAAGAACUUACAGAGCGACGAGAUGCUGACCACAGCGAAGAAAUGCUCGCUCGACGCUUCGUUCCAGCGGAACUGGCUCAGACACGUGGCUACCCAUUCCACCGACCUCGCCCCUUGGUCCUCGUCGUGGCGAACGAUGUCCCACGAAAGGCACGAGCGGUUAUUCUCCAGAAGCUCCAAGCAGCUUUACCCGGCCUCUUCCUCACGAUUUCACGUCCUCCUGCGACUUCAAAGAGGUCUUUGGGCGUCCAGGACUCUACUCAGACUUUCGAUUUCAAGGCUAUUCGCGAUGCCCUGGCACUAGGACACAGCGUGAUUCUCGAAGGCGACGUGGGGCUUCGGGAUGUGACGCAACGUGCUUUCUGUAGUUCCUUCGCCACGGUCAAGCGUGGACUGUAUCCAGUACCCAUGUGUGUUCUCUUGAGAGGGACGACCACUAACCGCAGCGACGUUUUUGAACUGAAACAAGGCAGUGACAUGGAAGAAGAAGCUUAUCGAGAGGAAAUUGUACGACGAAUGGUGGACGCAGACAUGAAGUUGGCUCUUGAUCGAACGACAAGGUUGAGACUUGAGCUGGCAGAUGAUUGUAUCACUCGUGAGAUGUUAGAGUACGCGAAGAAUGGAGAUCUGGCUCCUGCUCCAAGUCCAGCGUUCGUGGUGGUCAUGGAGGCUGUGAUCGUCUUGCUGACUCCGGGUAAGAUAUACGAGGGCCCUUCACAAAGUGAUGUCGGCACAAGUUCCGUGAGCUGGCGACUAUCUCGUCGGCUACUGGCUCAGCCAGCAUUCUUACGUGCCAAACUCCAACAAGUGGACGUCACUACUAUUCCACCCGUCAACUUGCUGGCGUUGGAACGAUAUUUACGCCACUCGCUGUGGCCGAAUGCUGCAGUUUCUCGGUCGCAGAUUGGUUCUAGUAGACUUGUGCAUGCACUUGCAGCCUGGAUCGAAUCGGCUACUCGAACUGCUCGGAUGAUAGCAGGUGAUGGUACAGGCGUCUUAGCGCCAGAAAUCACGCGAUUCAAGCCUGUCCCCGGUCUAUUUGAGCGCGUGGUUGUCUUUAAGAACUGCCCGACAGACUGUGCGCAGGAUGGAGCAGGUGAAGACUCAGCUGUGGUAGAGUUAAUGGAUUCUGUGCUCGCUGAUGUUCGAGUGUACCGUACGGCGCACUUGCUCGUUAGUUCCAGUGGCAAUUUAUCUACCCAAAAGCGUAGGAAAAAGACUACCGAUGAGGGAGAGCGCUGUGUCGUGACGCUCUUCCACGAGUGUCGACGUAUCUUCGCAUGUGUGUAUUCGCCUAGCUCCGGUCAGCGAUGGAUGACUGUGAUCUCCGAAGACGACAUUGCCAACCUCUUGACCCCUACAGGACGCACGGAUAGAUUACCGCCCAAGACACAUACGGAAAUGUACGCUCGUCUCGCUCGCCUCUGUUUGCUCCGGAAACGUAAAUUCGAAGAGUGUCCCGAGUCUAUCGAGUCUCCAAGUCCGUUUGAGUUAGUGCUGCGUCCUCGUGCCCUUCGCCUGUAUCGACACGUGCUACAGCUUAACGGAUACCUCACCACCGUCACCAUGGCUGAGCUUUCCCGCGGAAAUGUCCAGGUGGAUGCGUUUGUACACGGCAGCAAUAGUCAGACAGCUUCCACCCAAUCUAUCGCGCUAACGUUGGCAGUUGAACUCGAAAGCAUUCUGGGUCGACUCUCAGCAAGUCAAGCAAGACGAAUAUGUGUUCCUGCAUCUCGUGUACCGUCACUGGUGCUUGAUCGACUGCACCUCUACUGCGUCACGAGGACUCAAAUGGGGAUAUCCGGACUGCAGCAGAAACUGGAGCCUUCUUUACGUCUCAGUGUGAAAACCUCCGAGAGCUCUCCUGGACGUGUGCUACUUCGUCGCGCAGUUCGAGUACCAGGUGCAGAAUCAGGUGAGAGAUUGGUGUUCACGCUCAUCGAACGUCACGAAGACGGAGAGUUUCAAGCGGCCUUCUACGCUCCUCGAUCCAGCAAUUAUCGUGGUAUCCGCCUGCCAAGGGAUGUUGCAGAAGAAUUGCUGCGCUUAUCGAGACGUACGACACCUUCCAAGUUACAACUCGUGCUACUGCGAGUUUUCUGUAUUGCGAAGCCAACGUCAAGAGUGCAUGGUGCCAGUGUGGAAGACAGCGAUGAUGACGAUCCAGAGUCUGCGGAAGAAGCAGACACGAUGGCUUGCUACCGUUUACGACGACGAGUUAUUGCCAGAUUCCCAUGUGCGCUUCGUGUUCUGGAGGAUAUUCAUCAAAUGGUGCACAGGAAACAGGUCAUACGCGCGUACGUUCAAGUCGAGCUCUGUGAUGAAAAGUCCGACGCAGAAGACUCAACGAAGCAAAGCCAAAGAAGUGCAGACGCAAUACGGUAUCGCGUGUGGCUUCCUGAGUCUUGUCUAGAGCAAACUCUGCUACUGCAAGAGAGUGAAAUCGAGGCAAGUCUGUCGAUAGAACUGUCGUGGGAGCAGUCAACCAGCAAAGAACGGAGAGAGAUUAGUCGGGAUCUCGUACGUCGCUACUUUCAAUGGGACCCAAACGGUGGCAACGGGAAACAGGGAAGCGUGGUGGUCCACUUACCUUGUGGCUCCUUCUGGGCAACGGAGAGUGCACAAGUGUCUGUGGUUUCUUGUACCUGCCUGCUGGACGACAGAGAUUCAGAAAGUGACGAUGAAGACGGCGACGACGGCAGACGGAAAAUUUACAGCUAUGAAACGGAGGAACUUGUGCACCACGGCAGCUAUCGUGUCAACGGUCUGUACCUGGUUGUACGUGUCACCAUGCGCGCUGAGGUGCUCCGAGACUUGCAGCCGGCCCUGGCGUCUCCAACAGAUCGUGUACGGGAACGCGAUUCGUUCUCCAUCAAGUUCUAUGUGUAUCAUCCUGCAUCCAGCAGCACUAAGGCAGAGAUCCAUGGACAUCGAGACUUGCGCGAGGUGGUGGGCCCUGACAAGCCUGCUCUCAUCUCGUCCACUUCAUUGGGCAGUUUAAUGCGGCAUAUUAUAGUGGCACGCUUAGAUGCUCAAGCGAGUGAUCGUCUGAAGGUGACAUUCUUGCGUGAUCGAUUGUACGCGAAGCAGAAGGCCACCCCAGUGACAAAGACGUUCGAGCAAGACGCUGGUGCGAACGCUGUCAAGUUGAUUGACGAGGCUCGCCGUCGUGGAAGAGCCGGAGGGCGCGGUGUAAAGGUGUUGACAACAGCGAAGGUCGUUCCUGGUUGUGGUCGUACACUUCUCACCGUGUUCGACGUUGCUGCAAGUCAUCGGUUUGACGAGGUCCAGCAAUGUGCUGGAAGUUUUACACUGCUGCGAGUGGAUGCGUACAUAUGUGAAACCAGUGCCAGGCUGUCUCUGUUGCUGGAGGGUAGUGAUCUGGUACAUGUAGCCGGCGAUGAAGAUAAAGAAUUGCUGCUGCCCGUAGUCAACAAAGACGCAAGCGCUGCAGAAAUCGCCGAGAUGGAAAAGGAGAGAAGUCGGACACUGGCGCUUGUGGUGCUAGAUCAUCUGCGUGUUGAGCAGCGAAGCGACAGCCGUGGUGACCGUCUUGUUCUCUCCGAUUUUUCCUACUCUCCGCUCGAUAAUCCCAGUCGCGAGGCUAAGAGUGCCAGACUUUUCAAGACGAUUCGAGCAGUGGGUCAUGACCAACAGCUCGCGAUGCACGCUCAAGCUUGA